GUGACGUAAUUUACGUCAAGAAUCCGCCAACGUCCUUGGCUCCGUUAUAUUUUAUUAGUUACGAGUAAAAGAGUUCAUAAUCGGGGGCCCCGGAAAGUAGAAACAAGAUCAAGAUCACGCGUAUUUCUCGUGACUGAAUUCUUGCCAUCUCUACUGUGUCUUUUUUGUCAGCAGUCACAACGGCCUCAACCAUGCUUACGUCUACGGUUAGGACAAUCGCUCGACGUUCCUUCUCCACUUCAAAAUGUGCUGCAGCACAGCAAAUGACGGUACGAGAUGCUUUGAAUUCAGCAAUGGACGAGGAAAUAGCGCGAGAUGACAGAGUUUUCCUCCUCGGAGAAGAGGUGGCUCAAUACGACGGAGCUUACAAAGUUUCCAGGGGCCUUUGGAAGAAGUAUGGUGAUGGUCGUAUAUACGACACUCCGAUUACAGAAUCUGGAUUCGCAGGACUCGCCGUCGGAGCUGCGAUGGCAGGAUUGCGACCAAUCUGUGAAUUCAUGACUUUCAACUUUUCGAUGCAGGCCAUAGACCAUGUUAUAAAUUCGGCAGCCAAAACAUUCUACAUGUCUGCAGGUACUAUCAAUGUGCCAAUUGUGUUCCGAGGACCGAACGGUGCUUCUGCCGGAGUAGGUGCGCAACAUUCACAAUGCUUCGGAGCCUGGUUCAGUCACUGUCCUGGGUUGAAAGUCGUUUCACCCUACACAAGCGAGGAUGCAAAAGGUCUCUUGAAAUCGGCUAUUCGAGAUCCUGAUCCAGUCGUGGUGCUGGAAAACGAACUUCUUUAUGGUGUUAAAUAUCCCAUGUCUGACGAGGCUUUGUCCAAUGAGUUCCUUGUGCCAAUUGGCAAGGCUAAGAUUGAACGGCCGGGAAAACACGUUACUUUAGUUGCACAUUCCAAGGCAGUUGAAACCGCCCUCGAAGCAGCCACAGCACUUGCCGGACAAGGAAUUGAAGCUGAGGUGAUUAAUCUUCGAUCGCUGAGGCCGCUUGACAUUGACACGAUAUUGAAAUCUGUAGUUAAAACGAAUCACUGCGUCAGCGUGGAACAAGGAUGGCCUCAAAGCGGUGUCGGCUCCGAAAUCAGUGCCAGAAUUAUGGAAAGCGAAGCUUUCUACCAUCUGGACGCACCGGUGAUUCGAGUGACCGGUGUCGACUGUCCCACACCAUAUGCCAAAUCGUUAGAAGUAACAGCUGUGCCACGAAAAGAAGACGUAGUACUUGCAGUGACUAAAAUUUUAGGAGUAACUAAGUAGUGAACUGCAGUGCAAAUUUAGAUAUGUCCCCAUCUAAGAUCCUCCCUCCCCUUUAUCGGCUCCUAUCACCUUUCCACCAUUACGACUUUCUGUUUAUUGAAAGUGAGUACAAAAUGGAGACCCAGCAAGUCCACUAGUUCCAGUUAAAAGAAAAGAACCUAGAGAAAAGGCUACUUGUAUUUCUUGCGUCGUCGAAGUCGAGUUCAACGUUCUUAAUGGCUGUUUUUGUUCGCUUGGUAGAAAAUGUUUAUCAAGAAAGUCCGGAAAGUGUUUUAAGACUUAUUUUCAAGUCUCUAAUUUCCUCGAGAAAAAAAUUUGUUGGUGUAUAUAGCGAUUAUUUAUUGUUGGGCUCUUUUACAAUCCCUGUUUAGCAAACAUUUUCGCCAAAGAACCCAUCAUAUAAUGUUGAACAUUUUCGACUUGUAAAGAAACGAAGUCCAGCAAUUGGUUGCAAAUGUCAGAGAAUUAUGUCAAAAAUUGGCAUCAAAAUGAGCGCACAAUCAUGUGCUGCAUUUGUUUAUUAAUUAUUUAUUACAGAAAAUUAAUAAAUUGUAACAUGUAA